CAGAAAAUAUGGCCAAGCUGGCAAGGGGGGAGGGCUUACCGAAGACAGGACGAGGGACGAAAACAACGUCCUUGCCGGUGAGGCCUUCAUGGUGAAGACUUGGCGUGGCGAUCCGUGACAGGACGCCAACACGGCAAGAGACAGGGCAAAAAAUAAAACGAGUGUCAGGGUCAGAAAAAGACCACAGGCAGAUGGAAAGGGAUCGUAGGGAGAGAGGGAGCGGGGGAUUACAUUUCUAUAUACUGCUCGGUGUCUACUACUACUUUUACACUAGGCGGGGAUCUUGCCGAGAAGGUGAUGUGGUGAAUGGUAACACGAACAACGCUGGGCUCCUUUUUUUUCUUUGGUGGGAACGGGGAAAGGCAGGAAUAGGCAGGGGGAAGCCACCUUGCAGGGGGGAGAAAGGCUCGCCAAGCAGUCAGCGCCAGAGACAUUUUCAUAAGGGAUGUGGGCUCGUGGGCUUGGGUCAAGGGAACAAGCGAGGAAAGAACCCACGUCUUUGGGCGCUGGAUUUGAUUGCAACAGGGGUCCUGUAUACGUACCACACGGGCACACACACAGCCCUCGAGGCGGCAGCCGCAGCUCGCAGGGCAUGGAGGAUGUAACUCUGGGCUGCAGCAACGGUCGCCCUGUCUGGCCGGCUGCUUAUCCACAAUAUCCAUCCAGGAUGUCCUCGGGCUCGGAUCUCGGACUCCAUUUCCCUCAAAGC